GCUAUGCUGCUGACUCAGCUACGCAAACCAUGGCAAACACCUGCCUCUCCGCCCCCUCGCUGGGGGGUGCCCCACUCCAACGGUGAUGAUGACCUGGCCCCUUGCGAUUUUCUUACUCUGUACUUAUAAUACUUACUCGGUCGGGUUCCAAUCACGCAAGUUCAUGAGUUGACGAUUUGGACACAACACGAUUAGUAUCGAUCAACUCAUCUGCACCAGCAGCUUGCUUCCGAUUGACAAAGUGGUUCGUCGACCACUUUGUCGAUAAAACGCCAUUAGUAAUAAUCAACUCACCCAUAGAUGAUAACUCACAGUGCUCUUCGUAUUUUAUGCAGCGUUCAGGACCAUCCCGCCAGAAUAUCUCGGACAAGAGAUGAUUUCGGUCGCUACCGGUAAGGCUCCAGUAUGUGUGAGUGCCGCACCUCGAUCGCCUCGCUUUAUUCGUUCAGCGCCUAUAUGCGGUACAACAACCAGCUGCCAACUUCAUGAAGGCUACAUGGAUGGACGGAGCAUGCACCAUUGCUUACAUGGACGCCAUCAGCUUCAUCUACUCUAUGUUUCUCCCAACUCAUCAAGCUCAUUUGGAGAUUUGCUUGGUCUACUUUUCUAUCACGCUUUUGGUGAACUUGAUUGAGAUGGUCUCAGUGCUCGAUGCGGUCCUGUCCAUCUUUACGAAUGUCCUGGUUUCACGUAUGCUUUCAGUUGCUUAUAUAGACAACACAACACUUAAGAUAUUGUAUUUCCUUCGUAUACCGCUCUACCUGGCUUCAGCGCUUGCAUUCUGGAAUAACGAAAGCUCAACAGGUCAUACCUCUUUUCUUCCACGGGAGCAUCGGUUCGGUCGACGUUGUUGGCUGUCAGGUCCGCGUAGGUAUCACACAAUUUCCCGAUGUGCGCAACGUGAGGAUCCAACCAGAAGCACCGUUUAUCGAGGGCCGGUUGCGUAGGAGGAUCUGCCAUAGAUUUCAUUAUGGUUAUCUGUAUCCUAGCUUUUGCUCAAUCCAUCUCUAUUAAUACUUGAG